UGUUUGUGAUAUUCAUACCAAUCAUAUACCGUAUAUAUUCAUAUUUAUAACUAAUUAAUCGUUUUUUUAAAUUUAAAAAAACAACAAAAUAUUUUAGUUGAAAAACUUAAAGCCACCCAAAAAAAAAUGUCAACCAAUAUGUACGGGCAUUACGACUACGACCGCUACCCUGAGGGCCACGUAAAUGAAGAUAAAGACGGAUCGGCACUUGUUAUCGACAACGGCUCCGGUAUGUGUAAGGCUGGCUUCGCUGGCGAUGAAGAGCCCACUACUAUCUUACCGACAGUUGUCGGCCGAUCCCGUGAACAGGGACUGGUAGCGAAAGGAAUCGGUAAGAAAAAGUGGGACGACUCGUAUGUCGGCAAUGAGGCCCAGUCUCGUAGAGAUAUACUGGCCAUGAACUACCCGAUCGAACGGGGAUUGGUUACCAAUUGGGAUGAUAUGGAGACUGUAUGGCACCACACCCUAUACAAUGAGCUCCGGGCGAUAACCGAAAGACAUCCGAUUCUACUGACUGAGUGUCCACUGAAUCCGAAAGCGAAUCGCGAAAAAUCGGUUCAGAUUAUGUUCGAGACGUUCGAUAUGCCGGCCAUGUAUUUGGCCAAUCAGGCCGUCCUAUCGUUGUACGCGUCCGGACAUAUUACCGGUAUUGUUGUGGACAGCGGCUACACUGUUACGCAUACCGUACCCGUCUAUAACGGUUACGCAUUGCAGUACGCUAUCCAACGACUCGAUUUGGCCGGACGUGACUUAACUGAUUAUCUCGUAAAGAUGUUGUCCACCAAAGCCAGCUAUUCAUUGACCACAACAUCGACCGAUAGAGAUAUUGUUGGCGACAUCAAAGAAAAGUUGUGUUACGUCGCCCAUGACUUUGAACAAGAGAUGGCCUCUUCAUCGACGACAUCAUUGGACAAGUCAUACAAAUUACCCGACGGACAGGUGAUCACUGUUGGCAGCGAACGAUUCCGUUGUCCCGAAGCCCUAUUUCAGCCAUCAUUGUUGGGUCGGCCGGAGUUGUCGUUGUUGUCGUCCGGUAUUCACCAAACCUUAUAUAACUCGAUCAUGAAGUGUGACGUCGAUAUCCGUGAGGACAUGUACUCCUAUAUAGUACUAUCUGGUGGUAACACUAUGUUUACGGGAAUGGCUGACAGAAUGCAAAAAGAAAUGCAAUCAUUAGCCCAGUCGUCGUCGUCGUUGUCGUCGCCGAUGAAUAUUAAGAUCAUAGGACCGUCUGCUAAAUACAAGCACCCAAUUUGGACGGGCGGUUCAAUCAUGGCCUCACUGUCCAGUUUCCAACAAAUGUGGAUCUCGAAGCAACAAUACAAUGAAACGGGUCCAUCGAUUGUCCAUCGAUUAUGCUUUUAAAAAACAAAACAAAACAAACAAAAAUUAGUUUUUACGGCCAAUUGUCU